ACUACCAUUAGUAAUACCAAGUCAACACUUGGUCCAAGGGUUCUACCCAAACUACCCCAAAAAGGUAUUAUUCUUUCUCUCUUAUUUAACAGAAAAUGUCUAACAAUGCAAGAAAUCACAUAGUAUAGAUUACGGGCCAGUUUCCCAGACACAGAUUAAGCCUAAUGCUGUUUUAAAAAGUUGUUUCAAUGGAGAAUCCCCAUUGAGAAAGCUUUUUAGUCCUGGACAAGGCUUAAUUUGUGUCUGGGAAACCACCACUAUAUGUAUACAAUUUAGUAAGGAUACUGUUAACCCAAAAUAUACCAAACUAAGUUGAUGCAAGUUGACACUUUUUAAUGCCUCACCCUGUCUUGUUGAAGUGGCACUACGGAAGAUCGACACUAUGCACCUCCCUUCAGUGGACAAGCUCUGCCAACCUCCGGAGGUUCUACAGAGGUCAACCUGCGCCCAACUAGAGUCUUACCAAAAAUCCCCCCAGCCCCUGCAGACCCCCGGAGACACCCCUCAGAGGGCCCCGUUGGCAGAAAAACCGCAGCUAAGCGAACUGCCUCCCAAACCCCAGAUGUCAGAUCUGCCCCCCAAGCCCCAGCUCUCUGACCUCCCCCCAAAACCACAGCUGUCGGACCUCCCGCCCAAACCGCAGCUCAAGGACCUCCCGCCCAAGCCCCAACUGAGCGACAUCCCUCCGAAGCCCCCUGUCAGUGAGCGGCUCCAUCCGGGCGAGGCCGUGCAGACUGCGAUGGAUGGGCGGUCUUGCAGUCAACAGGGGGAGCUGUCACCCAGACAGGCCAGUGAGGACACCAAUGGAUCCCCGCCGGGUGCAGUGGAAAUGCCUGUGCCGCUGCCUCGGAAGAUCAACACUGUGAGUGCUGACUAAAGAUAGUGCUUUUUGUUGUAGUACCUAGGGCUGGAUUCAAUCCAUAUCACAGAAGUAUUGCGGAAGAUCCGCGUUAAACAAUGAAAGUUAAUUUCUGAAUGAGCCAACAUAUGCAACGUUUACCAUGAAUGCAGUCUCUGCGAACGCGGAAAACAUUGCCUUUAAAUUGUUUAAUAACUCACAUAAAGUACCAUUUUAUCAAGUCAUACACCAUGUGAAAAUUUAUCGGUGUACUCUGACGGUAAUGUAAACAUACUAAGCUUUUUGCAUUUUCAACCAGGGGAAGAGUAAAACUAGACGGGUGAAGACCAUCUACGACUGCCAGGCGGAUAACGAUGAUGAGCUGACCUUUGCAGAGGGAGAGGUUAUC